AGCGAGCCUUGCUCUCUGCUAGGAUGGACCAAAGAACGCUGCUAAAUACAGGCAGUGGUCAGCAGGAGGCUCAGAUUCCAACAAAGCCACCCCCUUACGAAGAGAAGAAGAGGCACAGGACUCAGUUCUCUUGCACGCACUGCAGAGUUAAAAAACUCAAAUGCGAUCGAGGACAUCCUUGUGACAAUUGUGCCAAGCGCAAUCUCUCGCAUUUGUGCCACUAUACGCCCACUGCGGUACGCGAUAGGGCAGGGCAGGCUUACCCUGUCACUGGCCGUGGCGACAUCUCUAACAGGAUACGCCAUUUGGAAAGCAUUGUCUUGUCAUUGAGAAACCAAAAUGCCGGAAGUCAGAGUCAAAUGACGGAGCUGUCGGGGGGUUUUCCAAUGACAUCUGGUACUGAUGGAGGCCAAAUAUCCGGCGAGAUUUCGCAGGGUCUUGCUACAGGGAAAGGAAACACAAUUAGUUCUCCAGGAAUAAUGCUUACAGGCCAUAUGGGCACAAGAUGGGUUGAUGCUACGCAUUGGGAAGCCAUUCUGGACGAUGUAGGUGUUCAGGGCGAUUGCACGGAAGCACUUGAGCGAGCAGAUGAUGAGUUUCUUCUGGGCACUACCGAGGAGGAAAGCAGUGGACCAACAUUAUUUGUUGGGUUGUCUCCAUUGAUGAAUCGUUCUGAUGUCCUAGCAUUCCUACCUCCAAGGCCUGCAGUCGACCGUCUUAUUUCUCGUUAUUUCAAUGCCAAGGAACCCUCCACCAUGAUUCUCCACGUUCCAACAUUCCACCGAGAAUACACGCAGUUUUGGGAAAACCAACAGGCGGCACCUAUAGCAUGGGUUGGCCUUCUAUUCGAUAUUAUGUGCUAUGCAAUCUUCUUUUACGCUCGUGCGGGUGACUCUCUUCCAGGCUCUUUGGGCGAGCCGGCGCAUGUUUCUGAAGUCUACAGAACCUGCGCAGCACAAUGCUUAGUUCUCGCAAACUACACCACCCCAGGAAGGUACAAGGUCGAAACUCUCCUCCUCUACUCCGGAACAGAGUUUUUAAGGACCGGCGAUACCCAAAUUGGUAGCUCAAUUCUCGGCGGUAUUAUUACUAGGUUAGCGAUGCAUAUGGGCUACCAUCGCGAUUCGAAACACUACCAGAACCUGUCGGUCUUUGAUGGGGAGAUGAGGAGACGGGUUUGGGCUUUGAUAUGGCAAGCGGAUAAUCUUAUUUCCUUUCAAGUUGGCCUCCCUAAAACUAUACCUGACUUACAAUGCGAUACGGGGUUGCCUCACAAUCUUCUCGACGAAGAUUUCGACGAAACAACAAAAGCUCUCCCUUCGCCCAGGCCUAUGGUGGAGCGUACUCCAGUGACAUACGCAAUAGUGAAAAGCAAACUGAUGUCUGUGUUUGGCCGGAUCGCUCAAAGAUCCUAUUCGGCCACGGACACAAAGCAUGAGGACGUGGCACAGCUCGACGAGCAGCUGCAAAUUGCACAUAGCUCAUUGCCGGCUUUCCUGCGCAUCCGCACAAUGAAUAUGUCCAUUAUGGACCCAGCAGACCUCAUUAUGCAACGGUAUAAUCUUGAACUGCUAUAUCAGAAAGCUCGAUGCGUCCUCCAUCGGAGAUAUUUAGUUAUAUGCCGUUCCGAUUUGAGGUAUGCUUACUCAAGAUGGUCGUGUGUAGAUGCAGCAACGCAGAUUCUUCGACAUCAGAAUGACAUCUACCACGAGACGCAACCAGGAGGGCAGUUGCAUAGAGAUAGGUGGUUUGUAACGUCACUUACAAGCCAUGACUUUCUCCUUGCUGCGAUGAUACUGUGCUUGGAGCUUUCUUCCAAGACUGAGCAGGAUUCGGGUAAUGCGCACCUCAACUCUGAUAGUUCAACAUUUGAGGGCAGACAAGGAUUGCUACGUGCGCUGGAGACAUCGUACAGUAUUUGGAUAGCGUUCACUGAAGUGUCCCCGGAGGCUCGCAAGGCUUCCAAGGCACUUGAAGUAAUGUUGCAAAUUGCGAAAAAGAGCCACCAAGGGUCUGUACGGAGUGAAGAAGAGUCUGCGGAUAAUCAUCAGUCUAGGCUGCAUAAUGCACAUGGUGCGUCCUACCAACUCAUCACUCGCAGCUGUAGAUGGUAA